CUCUCCUAUUACAUUUGAUAUGUAAUGUGGAUCCAAUUUUAGCAUCUGCAUUAAACCAAAUAUAGUAAUUAAGAGAUGAUGAAAAUGAAUAAUAUAUACUGACAGGAGGGACAUAAUAUCUUUUUCAGCUAUGAGAAUUGGUCUGAUAUGCUAUAAAUCAUCUUGAGGCACACUAGAUCAUAGCUAGUAUUUGUCAUAUGACACAAGAGAUUGUAAUGUUAAAAGGAAGCUAUAAGAUUUAUCUACUUCAACUUAUAGUAAAAAUCUUAAAGUCUUCCGAGGGAUGUUGAAAGCUUAAUGACACUACCUAUCUUCACUUAUCCUUAGUCCCGUUUGUUUACUACAAUAUAGCUUACCCUGUAUUCUUUCCAAUUUCUUUUCCAGAUGCAUCUUAGAAGUCACUAAGUAAAAGAUUGUUUACCGUGAAAAUGGUAACAACAAUUAAAUUUAUAAACGGGACUCUAAAAAUAUGUGAUCUAAUUUUAUGCUAGUUGUUAGAGCAGUAGAUGCUAAGAGUAUAAGGUUUAACGAAGAAAUACAAGCUAAAACGGGGUAGUAAUGAAACCGAGAUGCUUGCAUCCCGAGCCUCGGAUUGGUUGAUGAAGGACCUCGAGGUUGAUAUCUGGCUCGAGCUCGAGCUACCGGGGGUAGUCGGGAAUGGGAUAACAGUUAAGGUAUGAUCAAACAAGGCUCUGGAUGGCCAAUACCAAGAAAUAAAUGAAGAACAGUAUGAAAACAGUAAACGCUAAGAGUAGCCUCGAGCUAGUAUGGACGAGCAAGUUAGAAAGAAAAGAGAGAGAGAGAUAUUAUUGAUCUGGUGGAGAAUAGUUGGAGCAAUAUCAGCCCUUUACAAAGUGGCAUGGAUUCCCUUUAUAUAGGAGAGAGAAUACAAUAUAGUACAGAGUGCAUUAAAUAUAAAGAUAUGGAGAUGGGACGGCUAGGCACGAUGCUAGACCCUGCUGAUGCUGGCUGCUUGCCUCGGGAAUUCCCUACCCUCGGAACCUUUGUUGGAUCGUGGGCGAACCUCAGGGGAGGGAGCUCGAUCGUAGUCCUGCAGCCUCGAGAUACUGAUAUGACCCUCUGAAUGCACCUUAGUGGCGAGAAAUAGACGCCUCCGAUUUCACCGUAUACAGAUAGUCUCCAUGUUUCCUAGAAUGAAGUAAUAGGAAAUGAUUUUGAACCGUCGUCUCGAGGUCAUCAUUGUCGUGAAGUCAACCAUUUAAGAGCAUUAAAUGGCAUAUUCCAGAGAACUGUGCAAGGUUGCCAUCAUAUGCAGUAAUCGAGAAACCCACGAACUGCCAUUGGCUCGUCCCUUCCGCUUCCCCAGCGGUUCCUAUAAAUGCAUCGCUUGCUUGACACUUUCCACUUUCACCCCACUUCCAAGCUCAUGAGUAAGAAUUUUUGUAUUUGACAACCCUUCAUCUUUUCAUAGAAGGAUUUUUACCAUUGACAUGGCUAGUACCUCUAGGACGGUUCCCCGACGGAAUGACGCUGCAUCAUCAUUCUGAUCGCCUAUGGAAGAAACCAUAGCGAUUCCCUCCUUGGAACAAUGUACCCCACCUAAUCUCGACGUGUCAGAGGAUUUUAAUGUCGAUGCCACUUCAUCUACACCGGGCCGAUGCAAGCAUGUGUCUCGAUACGUUAGCGUUGUGACCAAUAUUAGAAAGGUGAGGAAGGACUAUCGAUGGAGCAGGGCAGUGGAGGUCCACUCCCGGUCCCGACGAUAAUAUAACUGACUUUAAGGCUGGCUUCCUUCACGUGUACACCUACCCAUUCACCCUGGGACCUGAUAAAUCUGUCGAGUCCUCUCCCCUAGAGAUAGACCCGGUUAUCCUUGAUUUCUGCGACCGAUAUCAAGUGACGCUUGGUCAGAUCUACCCUUUUUUUUGGAGGAUAGUGUUGGUGCUUCGUUAUUUCACCGAAGGGGUUGAGGGUGAGGUUUUUACCCUCAAUCAUCUGAUCACGAUGUACAGCUCUCAAUUGUAUUGAGGUUUAAUCAGGCUCCGCCAUCGGUCCAAAAAAUCUUUUUUCACGAGCGUCGAUGAGGGAAAGGAUCUAGGAUGGAUGAGUAGGUUUAUCCGAGUAAUGACCUCAGAUAUCAUCCUGACCCAGAGGAUGCCCUUUUCUAGAGAGGUGGAAUACCCGACGUAAGCAAUUUUCCCCUUAGCUGCUUUUCAACUAUUCUUCCUUUUGAAAUAAUAAUCUCUUUGUGCUCCCUGCAGCCGCCGCUUGGCACCCGAAGGUGGUCAUAGAUUUGUCGGCAUGGAUCGGGUGGUUGAACGAUAAGUUCCCAUAUCGCGUUCGGUCUUGGACCGGCCUGGCUAAGAAGCGUUGGGUGGCCAAGAAUCAUGGUGAGGUUCCUUUACCGCCUAUGCUUUGUAUUUUAUGUUUCUUUCUGAGCCCUUAGAAAAAACGUAUUGCGGUUACUGCGCUAGUGCAGGUCUUGGCGAGAAUAUGCAGAUGAGGCCACCCCCUAAUGGCGAAUUAGGGGCCUUGGAUCCCGACACGAGCAAGAAGAGGAAAAGCAGGGUAGAUGUUGUCCGUCCUGCGAUAAAGAAAACCAGGUCACUCGAGCAUCGAGCCACUGUUGGGACUGUUGCUUCAACCUUAGAGUCGAAUCCUGAUACCGAAGGAGAGGAUGAUGAUGGGAGCCUGCUAAGGAGGACAACGACGUCGAGUGUGAGAGACUUGCAAGUGCCUCAGUCGGAGGCUGCUGAGUCCGGAACGACUGGCUCCGAUCGAGCUCGUGGGUCGGGGGUCCUUGAAGAGGACGUUGAUGUAGCUUCAAAUUGCGCAGCCGGAUUUGAUGCAGAAGCCAGGGGGACCGCUGGCAUUGAUCCUGAGGGGUUGGGGCUCGGAGCCUUCCAGGAAUGUAGGUUGCCACUUCGAGAAAUUAGCGACCUGAACGACUUUAUUUCGAGCUUUUCGAUCUCGUCAGGGGAACUGCGGGAUGCCCACGGGAUGAUCGGCGCCACAGCGAGGACUCCUCUCAAAGGAGGAGACUUUAUUGCCAACAUCUUUGAUGGUGUUAUUGAUAGAGCUGAUCAUGAUAUUCCUGGUGCUGUCAAAGCGGCGGAAAAGUUCAUGCAUCAGUGUAAGGAGAUGUACGAUCAUGCCAUCCUCCAGCUCUGUGGGGAGCUUUCUUAUCAUGAAAAGGAGCGUAAAAAAGUUACUUUGAAGCUGCAGGAUUCAGAGGCUCGCUCUGCCCGGGGAGAUAAAGAGCUAGGAGAACUUCGGGCCGCUUUGGAAACGACGCUCCGGGAGAAGGCCAAUCUUGUUGUUCAGGUACUUUGCCUUGCUAGUUCCUAACUUUUAUCCCGUGUUCACAUAUAUUUAUUGGCUUACUCCUCUCACAUAGUCGAGAAGAGUGGUUCGCAGAUUAAUCAAUUGAAUGCGGAGAUCUUCGGGCUGAGGGAGCAAAAUGAAAUAGUGGCCGGGGAGUUGGCGACAUCCCGGAUCUUCUCAAGGAUGCUCGCAGGGAGAUUGUUGCUUUGGCCGCGGUUAAGUCCGAGGUCGAACAAGAUGCUAUUACUUAUCAUGAGGAUGCGGCCACAAUGCAUAUAAUAGCUCGUGACAUAUCCAUAGCAGCUGAGCAGAAACUAAUCCGAGCUAUUGAGCAUGCUAAGGCGGAGGCGAGGAGAGAGACCUUGGAGGAACUCGGGGCCAGAGGUAUCGACCUGUCAGCUGAUCUUAAGGAGACCCGUGCAAUGGAGGAAAAACUGGCGCUUUUGAUUGCCCCCGAUAAGAGCGAAUAUAAUAGUGACGAGGAGUAGUCUCCGAGUCAUUUUUGUAUACCUUCCCUUUUCCUAUGUAUGCGGCCCCCCGGGGAAUGGACAGUGUAAAGAUGUUUUUCUUUUUGACAAUGUAGAAAAGGAGUUUUCAUUCUGUCAGCCCUUCACCUUGCCCCUUUGCUUUUGCGUUCUAGCUUUUACCUCUCAGCAUCGGCCCUUUGGGGCCUACUCUCGGAUCAAUCGGGGCCCUAAAACUGGCCAUGUCCCGGGGUUAAAUCGACAGCUCCUCUCGAACCGAUGUUUGUGACAUCGGGUGUCUCCCUGAGAUCCCGUAGUUUUCUGAGUCACGUGGGAGCCAGAGUGAUUCCGCCAGUACGCUCCCCUAGGAGAGGGUGACGUUAACGUGGCCAGAAUUAAUUGGCCCUCUUGGGUAAGCUGGCAGUUGUUGCUUUGCCCCUAUAUAUUUUUUCAACUGUCUCUUAAGUGGCGAAUUUGUUGUUCUUGAUAAGGCUAUCUCUUCUGCAAAGCCUGGCACUUUGUGUUAGUCCUUCCGCUUCCUUGUUUCAGAAAAUUUUUGCUCGGAUCCUCACUUUUCCCCCUAAUCUACCGUAACCAUGGUCGCUGCUUCAACGUCUGAUCAUCGGGUAGAGGGGAGUCUCUCCUGCAUUCCACAUUUGGUCGGUGCCAGCGGCUCGCCUCCGAUGUCGGGAGAGCGAGGCUCGGGGUGCCCUGCAUCGAAGAGGACUGUCACGCCGGGGAAACCUCCCAAUGUUCCGGGCCAUCGAGAGCAUGUGUCGAGGAUCAUUUCAUCGGUGAGGGAGGAAAUCCUUGAGAUGAUCAGAAAAUAUUGAGGAUGGGGGGAAGGCACAAUUUUGCAAGUACCUUCCCCCGAGGAGAGUGUCAUCACAUAUGUUGAGGGAUUUUUGAGCGUAUACACUCAUGUUUUUGCACCAAGUUCCCCGGACUGGGUCGUUUUUUAUUUCUGUCGAAGAUAUCAAGUAACGUUGGCGCAGGUUCAUCCCUCUCUUUGGAGAAGAGUGUAGGCGAUGACAUAUUUUGCCGACAAGGCCGGGAUAGAAUUUACCCUCAGCCACCUCGUGAGGUUGUAUCAGCCAUUGCGCUACUGGGGCCUGAUUACUCUUCAGCGUCGAUCCACCCGAGCUCCUAUAAUUGGAAGCAAGGAGGAUAAGGAUCGUGGAUGGAUGAAUCGGUUCGUUCGAAUCCGAACGACCGAUGUUAUCCCUCGAGAAUUUUUGUCGUUUCUUGAGAAAUGGAACUUCACACGUAAGUGCUUCAUAUGAAUUGUCUUCGUUUCAACCUGAGGUUGGCUCCAUAAUGAUCUUUCUGUUCUUUAUUUGUAGCAACUCAUUGGUUGCCCAGCGAGGUCCCUGAUUUAGCCGAGUGGUCUCAUAAGCUGACAGCUUGCUCGAUUUAUGAUAGGCGCCGAUGGAGAGGUUUGUCAAAAGGGAGAUGGGAGGCGAAGCACCAUGGUAGGUGCCAGGCACUCUGCCUCCUAAGAAAUGGAGUCUUUCUUGCCGGCUUAUUUGAUCUAUUUGUCGCAGGUGUCGAGAGUCCUUUCGAGGGAAGACAGUUUCCCCCGGGGGAGAAGGAGAGGUUGCUGGCCUCGAGAUGACAUCCUCCCUUUCAUCACUACUUGACCUCGACCCUGGUCAAAGGGAUGACGUCAUCAAAGACCCCAAACAAUAGAGGCCACAGGAGAAAUCGUAGAAGACCUCGACCCCGUCCAACUUGAUGAUAACGACCACAGCAAGAGAGCCUAUAGCAGCCACAAGCUUCAAGAACCAGGUAAAUUCCGUCAUUUCUUAACUAAUAACGUAGACUUGUUUGCCUUUUCCCAUGCAUACAUGCCCGGUAUCUCGAAGGAGAUAGCGACACACAAGUUGAAUGGCGAUCCAUUUUACCCUACCCCCCACCCCCGGUUAGGCAAGUUAGGCGAAAAUUCAAUUCCACAAUAAACGAUGCAGUCCGCGAUGAGGUUGAAAAAUUCCUGGAAAAUGGCUCCAUCAGGGAAUCAAAA